AUGGUUGGUCCGGUGAAAAACGAAGAGUUGUCUCUGAGUCCGAACACAGAUAAUAUUCAACAGCAACAUCAUCAUCGUCUUCAAUUAUUAGCACAAGCUAUUGAAAAAGUGGAAAGUGAAUGUUCACAAAAGAAACUGGCUAUUCCACCAAAUACAUCUAUUGCGCUUAAAAAACACAAUCAACUUCAACAACAGACUUCAACUGAUUCUCUUGCUAUGUCGGCAUCACCACAACGACAGGAAUUACUGAUGCAAUUGCUUGCCCAACAGAAUGUUGCUGCAGUCAUGGCCGCUGCUGCUGCAGCAGCGGCACAAUUACAAGCUCAGCAACAGCAAAAGCUUGAACCAAUAUCUCCACCUUCGACGUCAUCGGCAUCGUCAACAGCUGAGAGUCCAAUUGAUUUUUCUUCGCGUCGUUCAACGGAUGACAUCAAUGAUUAUUCAACGCCGCCAUCAUUAUCACCUAAUCAACAACUUCUCUCGACAAUGUUGCAAAACAUUCAAACGACAAACAAUUUUCCUUUCCUAUUAACAAACAAGAAUGGAAAACCAACUCGUCCGUUCAAAGCUUACCCGCGAGAUCCAUUAAUGUUGCCACUAGGUUUUUGUCCUAAUACGCCAUCGUCGGAACAAACUAAUCUUCUUACUGAUGCAGGUAGUUAUUCGACCUUUAAUCGAAAGCGACUUGCGCAAACACAGGAACGUCUCAAACACCGCUUGCAACAACAACAACAACAGCAGCAGCAGCAACAAUCAACACAUUUUAUAUCCUCAUCCGGAACUCAAAUUUUACAACCACCGAAAAAACGUCAUCGAGCCAUGGAAAACUCGAUGCUUAAUGAGGAAAAACCUUCAGCUAAGGAUGAACAUGACGAUGACAAUCAUGCAAUCAAAGAUGAAGCUUACUGGGAACGAAGACGAAAAAAUAAUGAAGCAGCCAAACGUAGUCGAGAUGCACGACGUGCAAAAGAAGAUGAAAUUGCCUUAAGAGCCGCAAUUCUUGAACAAGAAAAUAUCAAAUUACGCCUGGAAUUAUCACAAUUAAAACAAGAAACGGCUAAAUUACGAUGCAUGGUUCAUACAUCGUCGUAG